AUGACUUUUUGGGCUUCUAGAAGUUUUCUUCCUAUCCGAAGAGCAGAGCGCGGCGAUCUAAGGGUCUGUUUUUGCAAGCAUCUUCCACCAAUAAAUCAAAGGGAAUUGCAACAACGGCGGACUAGGCUUUUGUUGAUGAAGGUGGAACUAUUAACAAAAUUAGAUCCAUGGACCGAUGAUUUUAAUGUUGAUGGAAUUGGUGUUCUCGAAAAUUCAAUCACUCCACGGAUGAGGAAGCUUCUGCAGGCGGUGGGAUUUUCCAUUUUUUUGCUUGAAGGCCAUCGUAUAGGUGUGGAUUCAAAAGAGAUGGGUUGCUGGAUUACAAUUGCUUUGGGCUGGCAACCUUGUGAGUUUUUUGUGCUUAGAGGAAGAGACUACAAAGAUGGUUUCACAGUUGGAUUUGAGUACGGAUUGGUUGGACAAUUGUUGUUGGAUUUGGAUACACAAUACAUGCACAUUAAAGGACUCAAACACACGACAAAUGGAACAUGGGGGCAUUGCCCUUACUAG